GUAUCCAUAGGGAUCUAAUACAUAAUUCUCAUACCAUUUCUCAACCCUCCAAGAUUAAAGAUGCCCGCUGUUGUCAUUGCAUCUUUGACGUCAUCCAUCUCGCUUUGCAAAACCCCGCUGGGAGUGACGUCGUUUUCGUAAGCGUGGGCUCGAAUGCUGUUCACACCGCGCGUUUACCAGCUUGCAUCCGCGCCAGACCGCAACCUUGAGGAGAUCGUCACAUCGUCGCCGUACCUUCGCCUGUCACCGGGUUGGAGAACCCUACGAUUUCAACGGAAGCACGCCAGGAAGAUGCUUUUGGUUCACCAGACGGGGAAUUUAAAAGUGGGCGAGGUUGUUAGAUAUACGGUGACGUAUGAACCUUCCUCCGAUCGUAUCCUUCCUUCUCCGCAGCAUCUUUUCGUGCGGAUAAAGAACAAUGCUGCCCUUCCGUUGCGAGCCGCAUACUUGCAUGGGCCAUACACCCUUCAUGUUGCGGCCUAUCCUGCUCACUUCAACCCAAACGAGAAGUUGACAGACGUUAAAAAGCAUGGAGCCCCGCAAUUCGAACCCAACCUCAAAGCUGGAGGAGUAUGGAACGCAAAGAUCCCCGUCCCCGAGGAGAUACGCGUCACCGGCAACAGUGGCGGAGAGGCUGAAGGGGAUGGGCCAAAGAAACUAACGUGGAUUAUUGAAAUAACUUCGCAGAUUAUUUUCUCUUCUUCAGCUUCCGUGAGCUUUGAACUGCUCAUCAGCCGUGACGAACGAUCGUUGGACUUUGGCCUCACAGCUGUGGGCGGCCAUGAACAGCGGCAGAGUUUUGAUGGAUCAGAUCAAGUACACGACCGCCAGCAAGGUAGCCACAGACACGGUGGAAACAAGCCAGCACAUACGAAGGGCGUGUAUUCGAAGGCCAUCAAGCUGAAAGUCGACGACACGGAGAGCUUAUGGAAUACGCCUCCGCUCCCCGGAUGGGAGGCAGAACAAGAGAAAGGCAAGAAGGCUGUGGAGCACCCUGACGAUAAAUCCAAAGACAAGAGCGAAGAGCGACCACGUAAAAAACAGAAAAUUCAUCUGGUCAUUCUUACGCAUGGUCUACACAGUAAUCUGAGCGCCGACAUGUUGUACAUGAAGGAGAGCAUAGAUGCAGCAGCUAAGCAGGCGCAAGAGAGCAAGAGGAAGCGACGGGAAGCCAGUAAAGCCACACCAGGAACGAGCAGUACAGCAGCAGCAAAUGCGGAAACAAAGCCGGUUGAAGACAGUGAAGACGAAGAUGAGGAUGAGCAAAUCAUGGUUCGAGGUUUUACAGGAAAUGCUGUCAAGACAGAAAACGGUAUACAGUACCUUGGAAAGAGAAUGGCAAAGUACAUAUUGGACUUCACCUUCCCUGAUCAACCGUACAGACCGAUUCGGAGAUCGAUGAGUGAGAAGUUCAGCAACGCAAUAAGCAGCAACAAGAAAGCCCAGACAACAGAUGAACAGGGCCGGCCCACCCAUUCUGGAAGUACAAUCAGAAUGGAGGACGUCUCAAACGCAGAUCUCGCUUACACGUUUUCAAAAAUCUCAUUCAUCGGACACUCGCUCGGUGGACUUGUCCAAUUGUACGCCAUUGGAUAUAUACAGAAGCAUGCGCCUCAAUUUUUCGAUUACAUCAAGCCUGUUAACUUCGUUGCGCUGGCUUCACCAUUUCUUGGCCUCAGCAACGAAAAUCCCAUGUACGUCAAAUUUGCGCUGGACUUCGGUUUAGUUGGUCGCACUGGCCAGGACCUGGGUCUCACCUGGCGACCCCCAUCUCUGGCAAAGCAAGGUUGGAAUGCUAUCGGCUUUGGUUCGGCGUCCAAGGAUCCUGACCAGCCAGAUCCUGGCGCAAAACCGUUGUUGCGGAUAUUGCCGACUGGACCGGCACACCGGGUACUUAGGAUGUUUAGAAACAGGACAGUCUACUCAAAUGUGGUGAAUGAUGGUAUUGUUCCUCUUAGAACGAGUUGUUUGUUGUUCCUUGAUUGGAAAGGAUUGAGCCGUGUUGAGAAGGCUAGAAGAGAGAACGGAAUUAUUGGAACGGUGGCCAACUGGGGGUGGUCAGAACUAACAGGAGCAAGCAGCUCUUCCAACGCACUGAUUACCGAAGAUGAGGGCGACGAGAAUGCUGGAGAAGAUGCGCAGUUGAAAAGGUUUGAGACCACCGUACCUCAACCCGCCGAGGAUGAGACAAACCAAGACUACCAAGAGCAGGGAGGCAGAGGCUCAGCAGAGCACCAUUACCUUCAACAAGAAUCCCAACCGAAAUCUCCUCCGAUGAGCCCAAGGCCGCUCGACGGGCUCCGCAAUUUCUUGGGCUUAACCUUGAAGACUUCUAAAAAGGAUCUGAAGAUGUACAAGCGCACUCAGACAUUUAAUGCUGAAGAUUCCGAAGCACGUAAUGGACAAUCCGAGCAGCCAGAGAGAAGUCCAGGCCGGACUGAUCGGCCAGUGGCAACAAGAGGCGACUCGAUGACAGAUGAUCAGAAUUCAAAUGCGCCUCCGAAGACUAGCAUCUUCGAGUCGGCAGGAGACAUUCUGAAUCCACCUAUACCACCACUCUCAUGGAUUAUUGAUCCGUCUUCGCGAGCUAGAACCAUUUUCCACGAUCGAAUUUACCAUCCUGAAGAUAUACCUCCCCCAACCAUUAAACGACGCAAGACUUCCGAAAGACUUGGUUUGAGUUCUCAGAGUGGUUCUGCGCAUGCAGGAACCGCGGAGGCAUCAACUGCGGAUUUAAGCGGAAUGAAGGUGGAGGAAAAAAUAGCUCGCGCGUAUCACAAGGACCUUUCGUGGCGGAAAGUGCUAGUGCGUCUCGAACCAGACGCCCACAACAACAUGAUUGUACGUCGUAUGUUUGCGAAUGCGUAUGGCUGGCCGGUCGUUCAGCACCUUUGCGACACACACUUCGCAGACACCUACACUGCACGGACGCGCGACGAACUUGAGCCUGCCACAGACCGCGCAAAAGGAGUAGAGAAACCUGUUGGCGAGCAUGGCGAGCACGUUAAAGGUCAGCAAGACACGGCGGCACCAGACCACCAAGCUAGCGACAUGCGCGAGUCUGCCGACGAAUUGAUGCCACUUCGUGCGGAGAGCGGUGGCAGCGUCAACAUUGCGAGAUCAAUGACAGAUACGUCUACAACUCGAGGCUCUAGCUAUGACUCGUAUGAUGACCGUUACUAUCAAGACAACAACACGGACGAUGAAGAGAACCGUGGCAUAAUUCCACGAUUCUGGAGUCCUCCGCCUAUCUUCAGCGGUGGCAAGGCAUCUCCGACAAGCAGUAAGCGAGCAUCUGAAUCAAAAGACGAAGAACACUGUGGUACGAGCCAGGCUGAGAUUGCAGACUUUUUGACGGCGGAGCCACUACUCUUGGAGGGUCACAGGGGCUUAGAACCUACUCCUCUAAUGCCUGGACAGUCGACUGGAGAUGUGGGCUUGAAGGGCUUGGAGGCUGUUCGACCGGAGAGCAAAGGUGGCAAGGAAAGUGUGAGCGAGAAUGUGGCGAAAAGUAUAGGGAGCUCACAGUCACCAGCAAAAUAAUACGUUGUAAUAGCAGCUGAAAUAAAUUGUCUGUUCUAGAAAUACCCUUCACAAGACACAUGUUUAAUAGAAUGCAUAAGAAUAGAUGUUUGUAUCAUCGAUUUUAUUCGCAAUAUGCACAAAUGAUUUAGCGAAAUGCCAGCAAUCAAAAGUCAGAA